UAUUGAAUUUAUUGUGAUAAAAUUGAAGGUUAUUGAGGUUAAUAGUAAGGAACAUGAUUAAAAUAAGAGGUUUAAAAAUUUUACUGAAUAGAGUUAGGUUAGCAUGGACUGACUUAAUAGCAAAAGUAAAAAGCUUAUUUUCACUCAGCAACAAGAAUAAUGUGCCGCCGGAUACCUCUGCUAACGAUCAUACAAAGAGCAAGGAAAAAGAAACACAGGUAAUUAAUUUAGAAAAUAAAAGGGAUAAUAUUGUAUCAGAAUUAGAUGAAGAGGUAUUCUAUGAUGCUGUUGAAACUCUGUCAGAUAAUUUAGAAGAUCCAAAGCAAAAUGAAGAUGAUGAUGAACAGAUUGUAUGGUAUGAUGCUGUUGAAAAUAUAGAGGAAAAUGUGAAUGCACAGGUAAUAUAUGCAGGUGAUAAGUUUUAUAGUGCUAAUAAAGACUUACAAGAAGUGGAUACAAUCACCGACCAUGAAAAGACUUUUGCAGUUGCUCUAUAUGGCCUUGAAAUAACACCUGCAUCAGGUGUUAUUUUGAACAGUGGAAUGUUAAAUAAACUUACAGAUCUUCAAUUCAUAGACGGCAAAUGCGUAGUAAAUUUUGGACAAGUUAGCGCUGAAUCUAGUAACAUACGGCUAUUUAUGCCAUUUUUUUUCAAAAACAGAACGCAAAUGUCAACCCGUGAUCUUUUUCAAUAUAGAGACAAAAAUGGUGUAAUACGUAUGCCUGAUGUUGUAAUACUUAUAAACCAAUCAGACAAUAUAAAUCUGGAACCAACAAAUUUAGGUAAGUUUGGUAAUUUGAUUUGGGAUAAAAUAAAAGCAAGUGAGGCAGAGAAGUCAACUAGAAUAACUCCAACCCUGCUUCCUACUUUCGAAAUAGGAUUAUCAGAAGAACAAGGAAAACAAAUUUUAAAUUUUGUACUCAAACAAGCCGCUAUUCCAGAUAUUAUUGAAGAUUUGAUAGAUGAGAAGCCUACUCUGCGAAACAUAUUUAACACGAUCCCUGGUAUACGCUAUCUUGCAAGACAGUUUCUUAUUCCACGUUUUAUGUCAUGUCUUAACAGCAUGUUAGAUGCAGUAAUGAUUGCACCAAAGGAAACAAAUGGAGAAAAGGUGGCAAAUUCUCAUGUUAGAGAUGUGUUAAUGAAUGGUACAGUUCUUAAUGAGUUACAGAAGCAAACUAAUGGUCAAGAGGCAAGCUCUUCUAACCUUAACUGUAUAAAUAUUAAAAGAGUUUUGACAAAUGCUAUACAUAGUACUUGAUUUGUGACCAUUCAUAUAGUACAAACAUAACAAAAAGUUAAGUUAUGCAUCCAAUAAUAUACUUGAUCAUCUCUAUGCUUGAUCUCUAUAGCUUUGUCUUAAUAUGCUGGAUUAUCCUCAAUUGGAUGAUAAGAUUCAAUAUGUUGAAUAUCUACAAUGAAUUUGUUAGUAGUGUAAUACGUACCUUAAAUCAAUUGACUCAUCCACCUCUGAGGAUUAUCAGCAGGCAUAUACCGUCAUUUAAUGGGUUAGAUUUAUCUGUAAUGAUAUUGUUAAUAGCGGUACAUUUUGUAAAAUACACUAUAAUUUACUACUUU